ACUAACAGGUUCGGUCGAAAACGUGGUGGUUCUGUCGACAAUGUGGUGUGCAUCAUGAGCUUCUAUUAGUUAAGAGUUACACUAGACAUGAACAUAUCCUUAUAUCCAAAAAAGGGUUACAAUUAGUACACACUACAUCUUCAAGACGCACAAUCACUCACUCUACAUUCUUCUAUUUCCUCUAUCCCUAAUUUCCCAAUUCGUCCCUAAUUCUGCAUUUUGCAGACACUUAAUUACCCGCAAUGGCAGAGAUUCAGCCGCCGGAGGGCCAAAUAAACGGUGCCGUGGGAACCCUAAUUCUUCACUCCUCGGAGCCUUCCAUCGGAUCGAAGCGGCAGCGGCGGCCGAGCGUCCGAUUGGGCGACAUCGGCGGCGACCAGCCCUACGAUCCCCACGCCCGCCGCAACCCGAAGCCGUGGAAACUCGCCUUCGACAGUCACCACCACCACCACCACCACCACCGCAGCAAGGACAAGGACCCAGGUAAACCCUCCAAGACUCGUCCUUUAACGAACCUGAGCGAGUUUAACGAAACCCUAGAACCUUGCAACGACCGAGAACCGGGGAACAUCGACACCGUCGCAAUUGGCAGCUGGAAGGUCAAGGAGUCCAAGAAGAGAGGCUCCGUCGCCACCAAGAGGGUCAGAUCGAAUUGGGUUUUGCGAAUCGACGAUGGCGGUGGCGACAACGGUGGCGACGAGGGAGAGGGAGAGAAGUAUAAUAACGGGGAAGAAGAUGGGGAUGACGAUGAUGGGUAUCGGGAAUUUGAGGUAGAGAAUUCGGAGAGCCCUUUGAAGGAGCAAAGCCCUAUUCAUAGUAUGGAGAAUUUGGGGGUUGAUGGGCAUAGGAGGGUUUUUAAGGGUAGGGAAAGGGAACAGCAUCAUGAUGGGGUUGAGCUAUCUGCACCGUCUGAUACUGAUGUGAGGGAUUGGAAGUGUGGGGAUAGGAACAAUGAGAAUGGUGGUGGGAGGGUUAGGGGUGUUGAAGAUGGGGUUAGGGUUUGGCUUAAUGGAUUGGGGUUAGGUCGCUAUGCGCCUGUGUUUGAAGUGCAUGAGGUGGAUGAUGAGGUUUUGCCCAUGUUGACUCUAGAGGAUCUCAAGGAUAUGGGGAUUAGUGCUGUUGGGUCAAGGAGAAAAAUGUACACUGCCAUUCAGAAGCUUGGAAAGGGCUUCUCCUGAGCUGAGCUUGUUUUUGGUGAUGCUGCCAGAGGCCGGAUGUAGAUUCUCAGCUUUAGCGAAUUAUUCAGAUGCGUGUGUUUGAGCUCAACUGAACUGAACUGAGUUUUAGUAUGUUCUUUCAUGACUCUUUUUUUGUUUAGGGUUGGAAACGUUAGGACCUCACAUGUUAUUAUUUAAGAAACAAAUAUCCUUCUUGAAAUCCAGUGCAAGUAAAUAUAACUCAGCGAAUUUUGUUGGAGCUAUUCAUUGAAUUGUUUAUUUUUCCUGAAGCAAUUCUAGUUGUUGUAUUUCUCUGAUGACUUGGAUGGGCGAUGCCAAGGAAAAAUAGACAUGGUAUGGUAUAGCUUGUUUGGAAAGUUUUUUCCUCAAAAGAAAAGGGACAUGCUGUUUAAUUUCCUCAUUCUGUCUAUUGGGAUGAUAACUAUAAUUUUUUCUGGUCUUCUUGCAAAGUUCUUGUUUAGACCUUGUUUACCAAAGUUGUGUAGGCUAAAACAAGCAGCAUUUUGUUUGCGUCAAUACUUGUGUUGUGUUGCUUUUUUACAUUUAGUGAUAUGGUCAUAAAGUAACAAUUGUUAAUUGGUUUAGUCUACAUUACACAGCUUUUGUAAAUGUUGUCUAUGGAAAUGUCUUAGUUAUGUGGGUACUAGGAUGUAGUGUUUUUUGAUGUGUUACAAUGCCCAGAGAACUGAUAUUUUCCUCCAAAAUUUAGCAUAUUUCAUUUGGGUGCCAAUGUGCUAUUAUUGAGGUAAAUUAAUUAUUACAAUUUUUAGCACAUCUAUUUUGUAGAUAUGAUCGCCAACUGGUUUGGUUUUAUCUGAUUAUCAUGGUAUUUUAUGAUGUUGAUUUAUUCUGAAUUUCAUUGUUGCUUGCUAUUAAUUCUUUUGGAAACAUCUGUUUCUCUAGCCGCGUUCAACACCUAGCAGCAGGAUGGAUUCAAGUUUGCGAUAUGAUGUAAAUUAUGAUGUAAAUUCUGUCCGUGUUUGGAAUUUGGUGUCUGACUGUUCAACAAUGUUUUAUAUUUUAAUCAGGAUUGUUGGAAUUGGCUGAGCUAGUGUUUAGUUACUGUGUUUUGUUGUUGCCUCUAAAGCUUCUCUUUUCUUGGGUGGAUGUGCUAUGGUUUAUGAGAACACACUUGCAGUUACUUUUUUACAUAGCUGGAGUGUGACUUUGAUGGUGGUCAGUAUUGCUGUUUGGCAGAAACAAUAUAAAGCAUGUAAUGCUGCCAUAGAAUUAUUUGUCUUGUAUUAUCUAGUGAUGGAGGCACCAUCUAAAAGUGGCAAAUUUAGUUGUUCUUAGUGGAGCAUGAGUGAGUGUAUCUUACUAUUGGUUGAUGCUCCUUGAAAUUUGAGUGCAUUUCUACUGCGUUUUCUGCUAUAUCUAUCUUUGGAUUAACAUAUUUGAAAUCAAUUAUUUUAACAAGGUGGAUCAAUUUGAUAAAAGAUGAAUGAAAGUAGAAGGAAGCUCCAUUGAGAGAAUGAAUAUUUGCCAAAAGAAUAACAUGUCUUGUACUUGAUUAUAUUUAAGAAUAAAAGGCCUUGACAAAACAUACCGUAUGACACUUCUGCGAAGAUGUGUGGGACUCCUACUGAUGGGACCAAAGUAUUUUGACUGUUGUUCUUGCUAGGAGAUUAACUGAUUAAUAGAGAUCAGUGGUUCAAGCCAUCAAAUGAAACAAGUUUUCUAAUCACUAGAUUACAACUAUUGUAACCAGCUUGGAGACAAGGAUCAGAAGUACAGUCCAAGUGGAGGAGUGCAAUUCAAUUCACUUGACCAUUCCAUUCCAAAUUCUAAACAAGAUUCAAACAGAUUUGUUAUCCGGUCAUCCAUCUUGUGUGAAAUAUUGCUUGAUUAUAAUAAAGGCUAGCUACUAUAGCAGUACAUAUAUAACCAAUUAUCAUCA